AUGAUUGCCGCCAGGAACUUUGUCGCUCCCGCCCGUCAAUGCUUGCGGACAACACGUGUGUCCCCUCGCAUUGCCUCGCCCUUCUCGCAGCUCCGCACUUACUCCGUUGCUGCCGAUGAGCGCGUCGCCAAGUUCAAGGGUCAGAAGGACACUGAUGGAAAAUACACUGUUACCCUGAUCGAGGGUGACGGUAUCGGUCCCGAGAUCUCCCAGUCGGUGAAGGAUAUCUUCGCUGCCGCAAACGCCCCUGUCAAGUGGGAGCCCGUCGAUGUUACUCCCAUCCUGAAGGACGGCAAGACCGCCAUCCCCGACGAAGCCAUCAAGAGCGUCCAGAAGAACUACGUUGCGCUCAAGGGUCCUCUUGCUACCCCCGUCGGUAAGGGACACGUCUCUCUGAACUUGACCCUCCGUCGUACUUUCAACCUCUUCGCCAACGUCCGUCCCUGCCGUUCCGUUGCCGGUUACAAGACCCCCUACGACAAUGUCGACACCGUCCUGAUCCGUGAGAACACCGAGGGUGAAUACUCCGGCAUUGAGCACGUCGUCGUCGAUGGUGUCGUCCAGAGCAUCAAGCUCAUCACCAAGGAGGCCUCCGAGAGAGUGCUCCGCUUCGCCUUCCAGUACGCUCGUUCCAUCAACAAGAAGAAGGUCCGUGUCGUGCACAAGGCCACCAUCAUGAAGAUGUCCGACGGUCUCUUCCUCAACCUUGCUCGUGACAUCGCCAAGGAGUUCCCCGACGUCGAGUUCGAUGCUGAGCUGCUGGACAACUCUUGCCUGAAGAUCGUUACCGACCCCACCCCCUACAACGACAAGGUCCUUGUCAUGCCCAACCUGUACGGUGACAUUCUGUCCGACAUGUGCGCCGGUCUGAUCGGUGGUCUUGGUCUGACCCCCUCCGGUAACAUUGGUGACGAGUGCUCCAUCUUCGAGGCCGUCCACGGUUCUGCCCCCGACAUUGCUGGCAAGGGUCUUGCCAACCCCACUGCUCUGCUUCUGAGCAGUAUCAUGAUGCUUCAGCACAUGGGUCUGACCGAGCACGCCGCUCGUAUCCAGAAGGCUACUUUCGACACCCUCGCCGAAGGAAACGCCCUCACCGGUGACUUGGGUGGUUCCGCCAAGACCCACGAGUAUGCUGAGGCCAUCAUGAAGCGUCUGUAA